AGGAAAUUAUAAUAAUGGCCGGUUGUUUCCUUCAGGACAGCUUACUGAUGGAAGGGGGAAUAGUAGGGGUGGAGUAUGAUGCGGUUUUGACUUCGAGAUCCAUUCUCAGAGCUUGUCACUGCUGCACUGAUGGUGGCAAACCGAACAAGCUCCGCACUGGCCUUGUUUAUUGAUUGUUUAAUCUCCGGGGCGCAGUGUUGGAGUAAGUCGAGCUUCAGGGAGGAAAGAAAAGUUAGGAGUUAAUGGCUUUUCUUUUACGUGCAAAUUCUUCGUUCCUGUGGGCAUUUCUAGGCACCUCCCUCUCGCCUACUCGCUCCCGAUCUGGACAAAGUAGGGUAAUUAAUGAAGUAGAGCAGCGGUGAAAUUUAAAGCUGCUGAUAAGGAAGAUGAUUUAUUAGGUUUCCACGGUGACGAUGAUGAGGUGGUGGUAGUAUAUAUAGCGAAGGCAGAUCUGGAAGAGAUGUCCAAAAGAAGGAGAGAAGGUCCGAGACGGAAGAUAUUGGACAGUAGUAAUUAAGGAGGAGGAGGAGAAGAAGAGUGCUGAGGGGAGAGGUAUGGGAACGGGAGGGUGGCGGAGAGCUUUCUGCACGGUGGUCCGGCGAGAGGCGCCGGAAGGGACGGCGACCGAGAGUGUUGCCACGUACAGUGCUGGCCCCAGUCCGACGAGCUGCGCCAAGCUUAGAUUUUUAUCCGGCGGCAAAGGGAGCAGUAACCCGUCCACGCCGCGGCUGGUGUCGGCGCCGGAGCUUCGGGAGCCCCCGGCAGUUAUGCCUGCAUCCGGGACUCCCACCGCCGCCGCCGCUGCUCUGUUUCGUAGAAAGGCCUUCUCUACCCCUUCGUCUCCGAGAUCCCCUUCCAAAUUUGCCUUCUUCAAGCACCUCUCCAAGAGUCGCUGCCGGAUUUGUUCACAAAGCCUGAAGGCGAGCCAGGAAACGCCGGUGUUUACGGCGGAGUGUACCCACGCCUUCCACUUCCCCUGCAUCGCCGCCCACGUCAGGAGCCACAGCAGCCUCGCCUGCCCUGUGUGUUCCGCCGCCUGGCGCCAGGAACCUUUCCUCUCGGCCAUGAAUCGCCGUGACGAAGACACAGAGCGAAGGAUGGUUCGUGAGGCGGAGAAUCGGAAUCCCAAUCGAAGAACUGACGGCGGAGGGAGAAGCGGCACAGCCAAAGGCGGCGAGCAACGGUUUGGUACGAGCAAAGUCGCCGUCACAGAUGCGCCCCCUGCCAAGGUGUAUGACGACGACGAGCCGUUGCUCCAUGCGCCCGGAGCCAACCAAGCUCGUGGCAUACGAUUUAAUCCCAUACCGGAAGCCAUCGACGUGGACGACAUGGACGAGGAGAAUGGUGACGAAGAGGACUUGCCUAUUCAUCAGUCAACAGCGAGAUCCCGCGCCAGCGGCCUUCAGGUGACUGUUAUGCCGCAGGCGGCUCUGCUAUCCGAGGGGCGGCGUCACCGGAAAUACGUGGUGGCGAUCAAGGUGAAAGCGCCGCCGCUCCGGUCAGCUGCUCUCCUCGACCAGACCAGCGGUCGCGCCCCGAUCGACCUGGUUACGGUGCUGGACGUGAGCCAAGGCAUGACGGGGGAGAAGCUCCAGAUGCUAAAGCGCGCGAUGCUGCUGGUGGUAUCGUCUUUGGGCCCUGCCGACCGGCUCUCCAUGGUCGCCUUCUCGGCCUCCGCGGGAGCCAAGAGGCUCUUCCCUCUCCGAAGGAUGUCGAGGCAGGGUCAGCGAGCCGCCCGGCAGAUCGUCGAGAGGCUCGUCGUGGUGGGCGAGAUCGGAGCUGCCGCCGCAGCUGGUGGUGCCAGCGUCGGUGACGCUCUCAGGAAGGCUACGAAGGUUCUGGAGGACCGCCGAGAGCGCAAUCCGGUGGCCACCAUCAUGCUCCUCUCGGAUGCCGUCCAGCAGCAACACCUACGCGAGCAAGAGCAGCCCAAAGAAAGCAACAUCCACAUUAACGAUAAGCCCUCACGCUCGCCUCGCGGUAAUCUCCGGCCUCAUUCUCUGUCGACAACAACCACAGCCGUCGCCACCACUCGCUUCGCACAUCUGGAAAUUCCACUUGAAGAUGCCAACGCAACUGAAGAGCCAUUUCAGAGGAGUCAGGUGCCGUCGGAAUGCGCUUUCAUCAAGUGCGUCGGCGGUCUCGUGUCGGUGGUGAUGCUGGACGUCCGCCUCCAACUCGUGUUCCCGUCUUGCGAAAUCUGCGCCGUGUAUCCGUCCAACGGUGGUUGCAACGACGUGGCUAUUGGACCAGAGGGCUCUGUUCUCCGUCUGGGGGAUCUCUACGCAGAAGAGGAGAGGGAGUUUUUGGUGGAGCUGCGGGUGCCCUUUCCGGCGGUAGUAGAGGAGACACCCAAUGACCAUCACCGGUUGACUGCCAAGUGCAGCUACCGCGAUCCGGCCACCCACGAUCUCUCAUUCGCCGAGGAUCAGGUGGUUCUUCUGCCGCCCCUCUGCCCGGAGUUCGGCGAAGCCUCUUUGAGGCUCCGCAACGCCUUCGUCUCAACACGGGCAGUGUCCGAGUCGCGCCGCCUAGCGGAGCUCUCGGACUACGCCACCGCUCACCACCUGCUCUCCUCUGCCCGCGCCUUGCUGCAUCAAUCGGCUUCAGGAUUCGAGGACCACCAGCUCAUCCGCAACCUGGACUCGGAGCUCGCCGAGCUACAGCGGCGACGGAGCUGCCUUGCGCACCACCAGCGUCACCAUGAUCAGCCGCGGGAAGAGACAAUCUCUCCAUCGGGGAGGCAGAGACGGUGGAGAGAAGCUCCGUCGGAGGUGCGGGGGGAGGCCCUGACGCCGACCUCAGCUUGGCGCGCCGCCGAGCAGCUUGCCAAGGUGGCCAUCAUGCGCAAAUCCAUGAACCGGGUCAGCGAUCUCCAUGGGUUCGAGAACGCACGGUUUUAGUGAAAAGACCGAACCAAACAUGUUUACAUUAAUAAAUUAAUUUUCUUUACCUUUUUGUUGGUUAGUUUGUUUUUCUUUGUUUGUAAACAUUGUUGGCGAGGAGAAAGAUUGAAAAACUUGAUCGUCGAAAUUGUGUAAGUUACGAUUAUGGAAAAGCAAUUACGUAAA